GUGUAUAGAGUUACUUUUUACUUACUUACAUUAGCAUCAACUUCACUUAUUAGCUGACUAGUUCCAUCUUCUUUAUUUUUCUCUCUACCUCUUUCGUUAACUUAAAGAUGGCUAAGAAGAACGGAACCUCAUGGUUCACCACCGUGAAAAAGAUUCUCUGGUCAUCUUCUUCACCAUCCAAAGACUCAGAUCACAAGAAGACUCACAUGAAAGAAACUGGUUACAAGAAAAAUGAAAAGAAAGGGUGGAUUUUUCGAAAGACCAAACUGGAAACUACAAGUUCUGUAGUGGUAGAAGAUACUGUCCGUACGGUGGAGGAAGAGAAACCGGCGGCGGUGAAUGUCUCCGCCGUGGAUGAGAUCGUUAAACUAAAGACACCUCCGGGUUUUAUUAGACGUCAUUGUGCUGCCAUUAUUAUUCAGACAGCUUUCCGAGGCUACCUCUCGAGGAGAGCAUUAAGGGCAUUGAAAGGGAUAGUGAAGCUACAAGCAUUAGUAAGAGGUAACAACGUAAGAAACCAAGCCAAACUCACUCUAAGAUGCAUCAAAGCUUUGGUUCGAGUUCAAGACCAAGUGCUUAACCAUCACCAACAACAACGUUCAAGAUUCUUAUCAUCAUCAUCACCAACACCAUCACGUAAUGUUCAAGAAGCAAGACGUAACUCGAUGUUUGCUGAAUCCAACGGUUUUUGGGAUACUAAAACGUAUCUUCAAGACAUCCGUAGCCGUAGAUCUUUGUCGAGGGAUAUGAGUAGAUGCACCAACAAUGAAUUUGACUCUGAAGAAACAGAAUCUAUUUUGCAGAAGAAGUUAGAGAUUGCUAUUAAACGUGAGAAAGCUCAAGCUCUUGCUCUCUCUAAUCAGAUUCGAAGUCGGUCGUACCGGAAUCAAUCAGCCGGCGACGAUAGAGAGCUUCUAGAGAGAACACAAUGGCUUGAUCGAUGGAUGGCUACAAAGCAAUGGGACGACACUAUCACCAACGUUAGAGAUCCAACAAAGACACUUGAGUUCACCAAUCAAAGAUCGUAUCCAGCGACUCCACCUUCUUGCAGAGCUUCGAGAUCAGUUAUGGUGAGAUCAGCUAGUCCGAGGAUACCAUGUUCACCUUCCUCGGGGCAGCCGAACUACAUGUCGGCUACUGAGUCGGCUAAGGCUAAGGCAAGGACUCAGAGCACGCCACGGCGGAGACCAGUGACGGCUAAGAAGCGGCUGUGUUAUGCGGAGGAAGAGAGUUUGAGGAGUCCGAGCUUUAAGAGUGCUUAUAAUGGUUGUCUUUGGGGUGAUCAUGAGUCUGAUUAUUCUUGUUGUUAUGGUGAUGGGUUCACCGGAAGAAUCUCGCCUUGUUCGACGACUGAUCUCCGGUGGUUAAAGUGAGAGACUUUUUUUGUUUCUGUGUGUUUGUAAUGUUCAUGAUCAUGAGAUUUGCUUAGGGUAUAUUGUUUCCUUUUGCCAAAAGCUUUGAUUCAUUAGAUAACAAAGCUACAAAUUCUCAGUUAAACAACUUAACAUCAAUUCUUUAA